GCCGAGCCCGGGAGGGGCGCGGACCAGCCGCCCGCGGGACCCUCGGACGCUGGCGCGGGGCCCCGGCGCUGGGCGGCCAUGAGCGCGCACGGCCCGCCGCCCCCCGCCGCCCCCAGCGGGCGCCCCGACCACCUGCUGGAGCCCGCGCGGACCAGAACCGGCCUCGCCCUGCUGCACCACGAAGGGUCUGGAAGCCCCUGCGACGUCCGCCUGAAGCUGACGAGAGAGGUCCUCACGAUUCAGAAACAGGACGUGGUCUGUGUCCGCGGGAGCAGCCACGGCACACAUCACAGAACCGUUACGCUGCGCAGACAGCCCGUUGGUGGCUUGGGCCUGAGCGUAAAGGGAGGCGCCGAGCACAGGGUCCCUGUCGUCAUAUCAAAGAUAUUCAGAGGCCAUGCAGCCGACCAGACAGGGAUGUUGUUCGUCGGAGACGCCGUCCUGCAGGUCAACGGCAUUAACGUAGAACACGCGACCCAUGAGGAAGUGGUGCAUCUUUUGAGAAACGCUGGCGACGAGGUGGCCAUCACUGUUGAGUAUCUCAGGGAGGCGCCGGCAUUUCUGAAGCUCCCAUUAGGGUCCCCGGGGCCAGCUGGCGACCACAGCAGCGGGGCCUCAUCCCCUCUGUUUGACAGUGGACUGCAUCUGAACAGCAACCCCAGCAGCACAGAUUCACCAUCGCCUUCCUCGCCCGCAGCUGACGCGCCACAGUAUGAGAAGCGCUGGCUGGACACGCUGUCCGUUCCUCUGUCUAUGGCCCGAAUCUCCAGGUGCAAGGCUGGAACAGGAAAAUGCAGGUCCGGCGCGUUCCAGGUGCUGGCUGUGGACGGCGUCCGCACGGGAGUCCUGCAGUUUCACACGGCCCGGGAGAGCGCCGACUGGCUGAGGGCAGUGUCCGCGACCAUCAGUGACCUGACACUGGAGAGCAUGAAAAUGGUGAAUGAGGGCUGUUCUCCUUGUGACCAGGUUGUGCACAUGGGCUGGGUCAGGGAGAGACUCGAAGGCACCAGCUCCUGUGAGACCUUCAGAUCCAAGUUCUUGGCCCUGAAAGGCUCUUUGCUGUAUGUUUUCAGCACCGCUCCGGUAAGCACAUUAGACUGGGUACGGGCAGAAAAAACCUACAACCUCUGUGAGGUACUAUUUAAACUUCACAAGCUCUGGCUGGCGGACGACGGCUGGCUCCACGAAGACUGUCACCUGGGUCCUCCCGGCUUCGCGCCCCAGCGGCCGUUCAGCUUCAGCGUCCUGGUCGGCCACGGCCAGAGUCGCGUCUUCAGCGUGGACCUGGGGAGCGAGCUGGCCGCCUGGGAGAGGUCUUUCCAGAGGGCCACUUUCAAGGAAGUUCAGAGAAGCAGGUCCAAAACAUACACGUGCAGCUGGCAAGGAGAAAUGCUGUGUUUCACGGUGGAUUUCGCGCUGGGAUUCACCUGCUCUGACAGCAAGACGAAGAAUGUGCUCUGGAGAUUUAAAUUUUCUCAGCUUAAGGGAUCUUCGGAUGACGGAAACGCUCGCGUAAAGCUGCUGUUCCAGCAUCCAGACACCAAACAAAUAGAGGUGAAGGAACUCGAAUUCCCGGACCUGACAGCCGUCCUGCACUGUGUUCACGCCUUCCUAGCAGCAAAGGUGGCCUCAGUGGACCCCGCAUUCAUGGACAGCCAGAGCUUCGCGAUGAAAAGUGCUUCUGCUGAGCGCUGAGCAUUAAAUUAUUUUCUUAAGAAAUGACUCUUUCCUGCAAAUAUUACAACUCUGUGUGAUUUUAUAAUGAGCCUCUAGUUGUGAUACCAAUAAAACGUGUCACUAGUUUCCA